GAGAUGAAGAGAGUGAAGGAGGAGGAGAAGAGAGUGAAAGAGGAGAUGGAAAGAUUGAAGAAGGAGGUGAAGGAGGAGGAGAAGAGAGUGAAAGAGGAGAGGGAGAGAUUGAAG